AUGCCUCCCGGCAAGACUUUUAUCGUCGAACACCUCGACCCGGAGCUUGGCCCCUGGUCAGAGCUAGAAUACAUGGCCGUCGCAGAAGAAACCCGAGACAGCGGCGGCAGCUUCAUCCUAUCCAGCCUCCCCGCCGGGUUCAGGGCCCCCGCGGCCUUGGCCGCCGUCUCGGCCUUUACUCCCGAAAACCGCGGCGUGGAAGAGCUGUAUGCUGGGGACAAAGCCAAGGUCUGCUUGCUGGAUCCUGCCGCCGCCAAGGACUUGUCGCCCGAGGACGGAGAUGCCUUUGAAGCCUUUCUCUUCGGCGGCAUCUUGGGCGAUGACCCUCCCAGAGAUAGAACGUCGGAGCUCAGGAAGAAGGGCUUCGAGGGGCGGCGAUUGGGACCCAAGCAGAUGACCACUGAUACUGCGGUGCGGGUGACUCGCAUGGUUGUCCAAGACGGCAUUGCCCUGGACAAGGUUCCCUACGUUGAUUUUCCAGAGCUCAAGUUCAACAAGCAUGAGAGCACGCAGAUGCCGUUCCGUUACGUUGCCGACAAGGCGGGAAACCCAAUCAUGCCCGAUGGCAUGAAGGAGUUGAUACAAAAGGAUGCUGAUCAGGCUGUAAACGACUUGUUUUAA